AUGGCAUAUGGCCUGCCAAGAAAGAACAAGGUUUUGCGGGGCAGUUAUUACACGGUACAGGAACCAUGGGAUCUUGCACUACUUACAAAGACGUUGUACAAUAAACUAGCCAACAUCAAGUUGCCUUUCGUGGGAGAGAUUACAUUUGGGGGUCCUGUAAAGCUCACAACAUGUAAAACCAUUAAGGAUGGUCUGAUCCCUUCAGCAGAGGCCAUCCGACUCGAAAGGGAGUAUGAACUGAAGCACCUAAAUAAACUUAAAUGUGAAGAAAAUAGAUCUGAGGAACUGCAACUUUUCCUAAGGGACAGGCAAGCUGGUUUGAGGAGACCUCUUCCACCUUAGUGACAAUCAUGGCAUUAUCAAAUCUGUACUCUGUUUUCUGCACCCGAAGGGGAUGACGGUCUCGGAAGCUUUCGCUGUGUAAAGUUCAGUGCAGACAUACAGACACCCACUGGCGGACCAGUCAGUGCCCGUAGACGCGGGUUAGUGGACAGUUCGGACAGGUCUUCUGGGUCCCCGCCGGGCCCUUGUCCCUUUGUGUCAGGAGCAACAGCAUUGUAAGUAGA